AUGGCUGAGCUUAGUUGCGAAAAAUCUAUGUAUUUGAUGAAAAUGCCAGUUGCUUUUUCAGCUGAAACUUUUCAAGACAUAAACGAAAAAUUAGAUAUAAUUGAAAAGGCCCAAGGGCCAAAAGUAUUAAUAGUCACAUCAAAGCAUCCACGAUUAUUUAGCGGAGGACUCGACUUGAAAGAAAUUCAAAAGAAAGGGUUGGAUUAUGCACUUGCCCUUUAUGAUGGGAUUUUAAAACUGUCAGCAAGAUUUCUUCAAAUAGGAUUCCCGACUAUUGCAGCUAUUAAUGGUCCUUGUUUUGGGGCUGGAUUUUUAUUAGCGUUAGCUAUGGAUUAUAGAUUAUCAGUUCCUUCAGCAAAAUUUGCGAUGAGGGAAAUUAAUUUAGGAAUGCCACUCACUCCUAAGGGUUGUGCAAUAUUUAAAGCUAAACUAAACCCUAAAAUGUAUCGAAAUAUAUUAAUCGGAGGGAAAAGCUUAAGUGCAGGUGAAGGUAAAGAUGAAGGAUUUAUUGAUGAAAUUGUGGAAAAAAGUGAGCUGAUUAUAAAAUCAAAGGAAUUGGCUGAAACUCUAGCUGAUUUAGGGAACAAAAACGAAGUUUACAGUUGUGUAAAAUCAAGUAUGUAUCAUGAUCCAAUCAAAGUAAUCUCAAGCGAUGAUAACCUUCAUGAAUAUUGCCUUAAGAUCCUAAAAAACAAUUUCAAUCCGAAGCUUUAA